AGACUCGGACGUGAACGCGAACGUGCGCAACCCAAGCAAAAAUUAAGCGAAUUUAGAUUAAGUUUUAAUGUGGGUUUUUGUGACGUUUUAUUGAGAUAUACCAAAGUUGCACAGUUUUUUUGUUGUUGUUUCCUUCGCUCUUCGUUUAAUGAACACUAACGAUUGCUCCAGAAAUAAAGUGAAGACAUAACAUAUAGAGCACAAAGUUACAUUCCCCGUUGAACCGCCUUGUCGCCAUGAACAGACUCGGAUGCGGAAAAGUUUUAGCUGCGGCUUUACUUCUACUACUCCUGCAGCUUGGCAACUCUCAAGCUGAGUUCAACGAUUCGACGUUGCAACUGCAGCGAUUUCGACUCAACACCCUCAAUGCCACAAAUGUCUGGUCGUUGCCACUGCCACCGUUGGCAGCUGUGCCACAGCAGCCAGUCAAGGAGGCGGGUGGACAUGAUGCACACUUGGCACGCAGUUCCAUCAUCUAUGGCCUCGCAGAGGUCGCGAAUGUGAGCAAUGUGAAUGCAGUUUGCCACGCCCAGCUGAAGCACGUUCAACGCGGAGUCCUGGGCAAACAGCCAUGGGCCAUGAAAGUACUCGAUGCAUCUGGCAGCAAGUCGUCGGGCUUUGUGUUUGGCCAAAACUAUUGGCUCGGGAGUCGGGACGCCUGUCGUGCCGUCCAACGUCCUGUGGGCGUAACUUUGUCUCAGAACUAUGAGCGUGUCAUGCACUAUGGACUGAUCACUCAGCAGGCGCCUUUUGCUAUGGACUAUCGGGUGGUUUAUCUGAGUCACAGUUCGCCGUGGCAGGUGGAGAUCAAACUCAUGCCGGAGCAGGUGCUACACAUUGGUCUGUGCCUGCCCAGCGCUUGUCAGUCCACAGAGAUCAAGGCGCUGACUGGCGAUUAUUUGGCCAGCAGUUACAUGGACAACGAAGUCUUUGAGCUGCGUCCCGAGGUCCUGUACAUGAAGGAUCUGCAAUUGCGCCAUGGAUUCUACGAUCGCCCGAGCUUCAAACUUUUGGCUGUCGCCGUUUUGGUCACUUGUGCUUUUAUGCUCUGUGCUCAACAGCUGAAAGUGGACAAGAAACUGCCCCCGGAGGGCGAUGAUGUGGAUGCUGGACUGGCGCCAGUGGAGUCGGAAAUGUGGCGAGCAUUGCACUCGCUGCUCAAGUGGCAGCCACUGCAGAACUUUGUCAGCUGCUACGAUGUGAGCAGCAAUUGGCGCAAGAUUUGUGCAGUGCGGGAGACGAAAGCCCAGGAGAUUCCUUUGCUGAAUGGCGUGCGUUCGGUGUGCGCCAUUUGGUUGCUGGUCUUCCAUGUGUUUUGGUUCAUGUAUUUCACCAUCAACAACAAGGCGCAGCUCAUCUCCUAUGCGGAGAAGUUCGGAUUCCAAUACCUCUCUUCGGCUCCGUUGCUAGUGGAUGUUUUCUUCACCAUCAGUGGCUUUCUGCAGGUCUACAAUUUUAUGCGCAACACCCAGCAAGUGGACGCAGUGCGUCAGAAUGGUCUGCUGGCCAAUGCCAAGUUGUAUGGGAAGUUGCUCUUCCAUCGCUAUCUACGCAUUGGACCUCUCUAUCUGAUUGUCAUUGGUAGCGUUGACUUGGCAUUUGCCUACAUCGGAGACACUUCAGUCUAUCACAUCUAUGAUCGCUUCGAUGAGCUUUGCGCUCAACAUUGGUGGCGUAAUGUCUUCUUCAUACAGAAUCUGUUUGAGCAUCAGGAGAUGUGCCUAAACUGGAGCUGGAGUCUGGCCUGUGACAUGCAAUUCUUUCUGCUGGCUAAUGGUGUCUUAUUUCUCUAUGCCAAGCGUCCCAAGUUGGCUAAGCAAGUGACAAUUUCCAUGCUGUUGGCCUCCCUCGUCUGGUCGAUUGGCAUUGGCAUCAAGCACAACUUUGAGUUUUCCUUUGACGCGUUUUAUGCCACCGGAUCCCAUAUCUAUACCAGCUCCUUUGUUCGCGUUGUUCCCUACAUCGUUGGAGCCAUUGCUGCUUGGCGUUUGCAUGAGCGAAAACAGCAGUCUAAGGAGUCUAAUUUGAGUGAUCGGAAGGAGCGUUUCUAUUGGCACUUUAGUCUUGUUGGCUUCAUGAUCUGCCUGUUUUCAACAGUUAAACGAGAUUUGGGAUAUCUGAUUACAAUCUUACUGUUUGCCCUUGGCCGAGUGUUGUUUUCAAUGUGUAUUUGCUGGAUGAUUUGCCGCAGCUCCAAGGGAAGCGGUGUUUGGUGGUCUCGCUUGCUGGAGGCUCCCAUCUUUCAGCACUUCAAUCGGCUGACAUAUGCCAUUUAUCUGCUGAAUCCAUUGGUAAUCUCACUUGUCUUCAGUCUUACAACCGCCAGCACGCAUGUUGAUGGUUUUAUGAUGUGCGUUGUUGCUUGCGGCUUUGUGAUGAUUGUCUAUCUGGUGUCGCUUGUGUACUCAAUGGCAUUUGAGUUGCCCUACAGCAAUUUGUCCAGUUUGUUGAUGAAGCGCAACAGCAACAAUAGUAAACCAAAAACUACGUAACGUGUGAUCAACUCUGUUCUAUGAACAUGGCUUUAUAAACAACCUAGUGCGUUUAGCUUAAUGUUUCCUCUGUAUAUAAAUUUGCAAGCAUAGUCCGUAUAAUUAGUAGUAUUAACUUCUGCCAAAUAAAGGAGUCUACGAUCUUAAA